AUGGCAUUGCCUCUUCCACCGGGGCUGACGCCGCCCGAGAUUGCUUUUCUGUGCGAAAUGGAGCUCAUCACAAUCAUACCGCGCCAAAGACUCGAGGGACUGGAGCUUCUGGGGGGACCCAUAAGACCUCUCAAUCCCCCCCACAGAACCAAUGUGCCGCUCUGGCUGGCCCUCCUACUCAAGCGCCAGCGACGCGCAAAUAUCCUUCCACCGCCCUGGCUGAACACCCUCUCUCUAGCCGCAAUCCUCGACCACGAAACCGAACACGCAGAGACCUUCUCUCCGCCUCCACGACUGCCCUCGCAACCCUCGAACAAUACACUUCCAAUUUCCCCUCCGUUUUUGCUCAAUUCGACAGCAGACGGAGCACCAGAUGCCUUGCCCUAUCAUUGGCUUGAGCUGGGUGAGAUGCUGCUGGAAACAGCCUCAGACGACUUUGAAGAGCCAGACAAUGUACGGAAACUAUUGCGGGGACUCCGAGAAGUGCGCAUGGCAAAGCUUCGGAGUGGAUUGGAAGUGUUAGAUGCAGGAGGUGGGUUCAAGAUGAACGGUGUGGGUGCUAUGGAGGUAGGAGAGGGCCGGGCAUUCAUUACUGGAGUCAUUGACGGACUAAGCAGGAAAAUUGCGGCUUCACGAGAACAACAGCGCAAGGACCGAGACCGAGAAGAGAUGGAGAAUGGGUACUCGGGCACGGCAGACUACGACGACGACGAAAUGGACAUGCAAUGA